UAUGCAUCCAUAGGACUGACCGGGCCGGCACUGGACCAGCCCCAGAACACAAGCAUCUCGAACGAGAUUGAGAAUCUGGAGGAAAAGUACGUGGUUGAGAUGCAGCGGCAGGAGAUCCAGCGCCGCAAGCAACAGCAGGAUACUCGCAUCCAGCUCCGGGGACUACAACUCCAGCACGAGACUCCGUCAAGCGCCCAUCGUCGAGAUGGUGCGCCGCUCUACCAAGACCUUCAGCAGCUCCAGCAGCACUUUAGUAGCCCCGAGCUGUCGAGGAUGCCACACGCCGAGUCCCUCCAUCGCCGCUCCAAGCCUCGGAUGGCGACCUAUACCAUCUCGGCCCCGUCGCUGGGUCUAGGGAGUGGCGGCGAUUCCCCAUCGCAUUCUGGACCGAUGAGGACUCACGAUGGCGACCACCGCCGGCUCUUACCGCCAAUCGAACUAUCAGCACAGUCGCCCCAUCGACAGGCUUCGCCGCCAUCGAUCCCAGGCAGUACGGCGGCCCAAGGAUGGUCCGCCUCGGACUCGCCUCUGGACGACUCGCCAGGAUACAGUCAUCUGGCUGCGUCAAAGAAGAUUCUGAACCUCGAGGUCAAGCUGGGCGGACUCGGGCCGGACCGUGAGAGCGACGAGUAUGUGGCCAAGCUCGAAAAAUGGAAUCGGCAGAAGCAGUAUGCCGCCUCGGUGAGAGCCCUGGCAAUGUCUCAGCUGCGCAAGAACAUGAUCAAGCAGCACCAGCCCUUCCAUCCCACCAUGAUCGAGCAAACACACCCGGCCCACGGAUCUCCGAACGGCAGCAUCGAGCUUGUCACCCAAGGAAACCAGUCUGUCGCAGAGGCCCUUGAUGAGGCUGGAGAGCCAGGGCCGGGUGUGGGUCCCAAGCCGGCGAUUGGGAGUGCCACACCAAAGAAGCCGCACCCGAUGUAUGUCGGCAAGCACCCGUCGGUGGACGAAAUCGAAGGCGCCGCACAACGGCGAGAGAAGAUGCUUCAGUAUGCGUCAACCAUCAAGAAGCCUGCCAUGUCGAUCAACUCCUCAACCGCAACGCUGGUGGCGAACGACACCUCUCGCAGCGACAGUCGGCCCAGCCCCAAGAGUCUUGAGGCUCUCGAGCAGGAACACUUGAACGACAUGCAAUCGGCCGAGAGCAUCCGGCGGCAGCUGAACCUGUAAUGCCGUGCUUGGGUGGCGGACAUCCAGCCCUGAAUAUAUGGCAGUCAAGACGGAAAGAGGCGAGGACGGCAUCUGGAAGCCCGCAACCAGCCGGAGCACUCCUGGAGGCUGUCGCAGCUGGUCCCCCUGUCGACCGAAUCUUCGACGAUAUCCCGGUCGUGGCCGAGCAGAGGGCUCACCCGA